GUAACGUGCUAUGCUACAGGUGACUCCUUGCGUUUUUCCAAGGUGGUGCAGGUGCUUGGUGCUUUGGCCUCUGUUCUGACCACCAUCUCUUUCAUCUGUAUGGAGUUUGGAUGCUCCAUCUCCAUGACGACGCCCAUUUGGUGUGGAGUGUUUUAUUUGGCCACUGGGGGGCUCUCCAUUCACGUGCAGAGGAAGCCAAACAGACUGAAAGUCUCCACACUCAUGGGUCUGAACAUCUUCAGUCUCCUGUUGGGACUGCUCUCUAUUCUCACCUACAGCCUCCACAUCGCCAAAGAAGACAUUCUACUCAGCAAGGCACAGAGGGUGGGUGCGUAUGUGACAAAGGGAAGUUCGAUGUUCUUCAUGGUGAUGUGUCUGCUGGCCUCUGUCUACACCCUGCUCCUCAUAUGGAGGGGUCUCUCCCACAACAGCACCCCCUACAGGCAAACAUACAGCGCCCUGUCACAGGGUGGGGAGGAGCAGUCGGACCUCCUGCUGACUGAGGACAGCCUCUGACCCCCUGCCUCUCCUUCUCCCUCCUCCCUCUCCCCCCCCUCCCUCUCUCCUACUCCCUCCUCCCUCCUGCCCCUCCCAUCUGGACUCACAUGUAAAAGGAUGGACGUCUUCUGCACCUGCUGUCAUCAGACAUCUCACCGGUGUCUGGAAUGUUCUGCUCACAGAUCAGCAUGCUGAACACACUGCCCUGCUCAUGUUACCCCACCCUCUUACACUCGGGCCUAAGCACAGGGAUCCAGU